AUGGGCAGCACUAUUAGCAGCGAAGACAGGGUGCAGUGGGUAUAUUCCUCUGAGAACAACAGGGAACUCGAAGAGCGGUACGACGAAUGGGCGAAUGAGUACGACAACAACAUUGAAGGCGAUUUUGGGUAUGUGAUGCCGCGCAUGGCGGCGGAGACUUUUGCUCGAUUCGUGAACAAGGAUGCAAAGGUGCUGGACGCUGGCGCCGGCACGGGGCUGGUAGGCGUUGAGUUGAACAGGCUUGGGAUACUCGGACAUUGA